UGCAGACCAUGCGCCAUGCGUCUUUCGUGCAACAUGGCGACCGGCAAAGGAUUGAUUGUGAUUUUCCUUCCGAAAACUAUCAACUUUAUUGGCAAUAAUAAGCUAAAAAAAUUCUCAUGUAACGUUCUACAGCAAAGCAACACAUGUCGGCGACACCUGAUGACCGUUGCGUCGACUGUCGGUUGUCCGAAUCGCAACAAAGCAGAAAAAAAUACUCUAGGAAGGAUAGUGCAAUCACAUAGAGCCAUACAUUUAACAAAUAGAUUGUUAAGACGCAACAACUAUUAUGAGAUUCUGGGUGUCUCUAAGAAUGCCUCAGCCACAGACAUAAAAAAGGCAUAUUAUCAAUUAGCUAAAAAAUAUCAUCCUGAUACAAACAAAGAAGAUCCGGAUGCUAGUAAAAAGUUUCAGGAGGUUGCCGAGGCUUAUGAAGUGUUGAGUGAUGAUACUAAGAGGAAGGAAUUUGAUACAUGGGGUGCAACCUCUGAACAAAUGGGGAUGGGAAGGGGUAAUCGGGGAACCAAAAAUUACAAUCAACACUGGCAAUAUAGAUCAUCUGUUAACGCGGAGGAAUUGUUUAGAAGAAUAUUUGGCGAUGCUGGAUUUCAAAGCGGAGCCUUUAAUGAUUUUGAAGAUUUUACAGAGACAACGUAUGGUUUCGGAGCAGCUCAAGAGGUGAUAAUGAAUUUAUCAUUUUCCCAAGCUGCCAGAGGUGUGAAUAAAGAUAUCGAGGUAAACGUAAUAGACGCUUGUCCGAAAUGCCGUGGCUCACGUUGCGAGCUCGGGACGAAACCGGUAAAAUGUCACUACUGCAAUGGUACAGGAAUAGAAACAAUAAGCACUGGCCCUUUUGUAAUGAGCACGACUUGUCGAUAUUGUCAAGGCACAAGAAUACACAUCAAGUUCCCUUGCACAGAGUGUCUUGCGAAAGGACAAACGGUACAACGUAAGAAAGUGACGGUACCGGUUCCCGCCGGAGUGGAAGACGGUCAAACGAUUCGUAUGCCGAUCGGCAACAAAGAGAUAUUUGUGACAUUCCGUGUGGAGAAGUCCCGGUAUUUUCGCCGCGAUGGCCCCGAUGUGCACACCGAAGCGGGAAUCUCGCUGGCGCAAGCGGUAUUAGGCGGUACGAUACGAGUGGAGGGCGUAUACGAGGAUCAGACUAUCCAAAUAACGCCAGGCACAUCGUCCCACACGCGAAUCCGUUUGAGUGGCAAAGGGUUAAAGAAGAUUUCCGGAGUUGGUUACGGCGAUCAUUACGUGACCAUUAAAGUCAUAGUGCCUAAAAAAUUGACUGAUAAGCAGCAAGCGUUGUUACAAGCGUACGCCGAGCUUGAAACCGAUACCCCCGGCAAUAUAUACGGUAUAACAUAUAAAACAGAUGGUACAAAAGAGAGUUACUCAGGUCCGCUACACUUGGUGGAGUCUAUACGAAUAGCAUUGGGAAAUAUGCCUAAUCACAAAAAACAGUUUUUGUCAUCUGAGCCCGAACAUCCGGGAGAUAAACACUACAAUAAGCCCGUGCAUACCAAAGACACAUCGGAUGCUGGCAGCAAAAAUGACACUAAUGCUGCUGAAAUGCAACGGCAGAAAAUGCCUUAGAUGUAAUCGUGUAACAUCUAAAGCAGUCUAUAGAGAUCUAGAGAAUGCUGUUCAUCGCUAAUAAAUAUAAAAAUAUUACAUACGUGCUAUUGGAUAUAUUAAUAUUAUAUAUAUAUAUUAAUUAUAUUGAAUACAUUAAUAUUAUAUACAAUAUUAAUAUUAUCAUUACAAAUGGGAAUCAUAGAGGGCAUAUAUUGCAGUCGUGUACACUUUUAAUCAAGUUAAAUAAAAGCAUGAUGUGGAUAAUCGUUACAAGCUUGAAUAAAUGAGGCCAGCCUGAUAUCGCUUAGAUAUCCUAGCUGUACAGUUAUAUCGUAGCACACAAGUUCGUUUUUAUUUGUUACAUCUUAUUUAAAUAAAGUAUACAUGGAGAUACAAGUAUACAAAUCUAUCCAUUUCAAUCGUGUGACAGUGCAUAUUUGUAAAAUAAGAAAUUCACACAACACCAUUUACAUCCUUUUGCAUAUACUUGAAACUGCAUGUAUUCUUUCAUAUUUGUUUUUUUUCUCUUAUUUAGAAAUUUUUAUCUAUAUGGAUAUAAAUUGUACAAAAAAUCUGUUUUGACAAUUGAAUCGAUAUGUUUGAUGACGAAACGCAUUUGCGAAAUAAAAGAUUAAUUGUUCUA